AACGAGAACUCGAUCGAACGACGAUGUUCGAUGGAAGAACGGUCAGAUUUGUCUAUGCGUACGAGGCUACCGGAAAUGGUGGCAACGCGUGAAACACGUGCCAGCCAACUGUCGAGCUUUCUCUCAUUGUCAGUACCCAGCAGAGAGCAUAUUUCUCAGCGCUCGGAUGUGUGGCACGUGACAGUUUCUUCGAAUUCGGCAUCUGUUCCUUGGUUCGAACAAAAGAACUCGAUUCGUUACACUUGGGUUUCGUUCAUUCUGACCCGACGUUUGUUUUCGACGAACUGCCUCGCACACGCAGUAAUUUACGAAUAGUUCGAAGGAAUUUAUAAAUAGGAAUUCUCGAUCGAGCGUGGCUUUCGUACACCGCGUCGUCGAAUCGAUUCGGAUUGAAAUUAUACUUUUUGUGGGGCACCGAGGGAGGAAACACGCGCUCCGCUCUGCUGGCGUACGCACGUGCGUGACAGACACGCAACCGUGCACGCGCCGCACCGGCUACUUGGAAUUCUUUGCCAACCGCGAUAUUAAUUCUAACACGUUUUUCGAUUUUUUCGAACAUCAAAUCAAAUUGAUUGAGGCGACGUUCUGUCAUUUAAUUUGAAUCGUUGGUCACGAGACGUCGAUGAUAAAAAUAUGGACGAACGAAGAAUUGUGAAAUUCUCGACUCCGAGAACUGUUUUGACCAAAGUUCUGAAGCGCGCGAACCUCGCGGGGUGUGUAAAUUAUAUUUAGCACGUGGUUCGCGAGGAAUAUACACCCUUUUACGUAGUUCGCGUGCACGCGCGCGCUUCUGUAGCUCGUUGUUUAUCUCGAAAUAACGUUUGCUGGCUCGGUUGGGCGUUUCUUCUGGCCACUGCCAGAUGCGUGGGUGGUGGCAGUGAAGAGAAGAGGAAGGAGAGCACGAAUGACGGUCACAUGGCAUGCCAUCGGCUCCUCUGCCCUCGCUUGUCAGUAUUCCGUGAAGUGUUCUGCCGUCGACUCGAAAAUCUCUGUCCUCCAUCCACUUGGGAACCAAGUUCCGUUCUGACAACCACACGUAAAUCCAGUGAUCGAUCACGUGCCAAGCAACGAUUAAUUAUUAGUUUAUUAGUGACGAUCGCUUCGGACAAGAAUUGUGUGUAGGAAAAUUUCUGUGAGACACGUCGAACAUGAAUGUCAGCAGGGAAGAAAAAAACUGGAGUCAACGCAUUGUCAACCGAAGGAGCGAUGAGGAUUCGAAGACGUCGUCAGGCGAACCGAAAUUCUAUGCAUCAGUUUUAACGUAAAAUUGUUUAUUCGACGAAUGAAACGAUCCUCGAUUUUGUUUCGCAUGAAACUCGAUUGAAAUUACUUGGAAGGAACUUGGAAAUUUGCUGCGUUUGAAAUCUCCAACUGGAGUCGAUGGGAUUCUAAAGAUAGGUUCGAGGACCCACGCGGAGAAUGGAAACAUUGGUUACCGUCUUCGAAAUAUACACGAGUCUUGUCCCUCGAAUUGGCGGUAGCACCAGUUUUCAAGUGCGCUCGAGUGGAUCUUGAAAAAAACCAGUAGGAGUCUCGUCUGAACACACGCCGCUUUAAGCGCGAUAAAAAGAAAGCCAUCGAAGGGUCUCGUCACGAGUACAAUGGCACCGUUCAUUCCGAAGGAAGAACCGACGAGCUUUACGCUUUCUUCGAAUCCUUGAUCGCGGACAUCAGAUACAGCGCGGAUGCCGAGAGAACGACGUAUGACUCGAACAAGUUCGAAGUGACAGAAACAGCAGGCAAGACAAACGUUCUCUUCGUCGAUUCGCGUCUGCUUCGGUUCUGCGACGAAGCUUCAUCUUUCAUCGAUUAUUCCACAAAAUACGAUGAAUUUUCUCAGUCGUGAGAAGCACACGAUCGUUUCCUCCUCGUGCUGUACGAAGUGUCGAAGCCAAGAACGAAUAUUCCAUGAGGAAUUAGGCAGGCUGCGAGCGGUGUAUAUUAAUAGAUCGAACCUGACGGUCGAACCUGACCAGACGCGUCGAGAGUCGCUGAGUAAUUUCGUUUCUACAAACGUUGCUGUUGAUCAAACGCAAAGUACAAAUCGGAAAAAUGUAUUGGAGACCGAAGCGUACACGUCGUGAAACGUCGAUGCUAUAAACGCGUGUUGCGUAAGCGGAACUUGCCUAGCACGUGCCAAUCGUUGGAUAUUUAAUCGGGAUCGUUAAAUCGACGGACGCACGUGCAUCGUAAUUAAUCGUCCGGAUUAGAGUUUCAUAGUUUUACGAAAGAGAACGCGGUGGCCACUUGGAACCGAGUCGAAGAAGCGGACGAGCCACGGUUCGUUGAUCGUGAGUCGGUAUAAUUUACGCACUCCUGCGGUAAUUAACGACGCGUCACAUUUAAAGGAACGACCUCGCAUAAAAGUUAAUGCUCGCGGGACACGUGCAUCGCCGGAUGCGUUGCUUUUUUCAUCGAUGCCAGGUGCCCACCCAGCGGAGAGCGUUAAACGCGGUUCAGCUCGACCCGAACUACUUCUUCCUCGCCUUGAAGCAAAAAUAGCGCACCGAAUGCAAAUCUGAAAACUUCUACCAGCGACUUUUCGCCGGAAAAGGGAACGAAUGUUCGAUGCCUCGUCAGUUGUAGAAUCUUCGUUUUCUCGCGAUGAGACUUGCAAUUAUUUUUGCAACGAAUCGGAAUUUAUGGGAGCUGUGUUCAGGGAAUCGGGAAGUCGUGGCGGAAGUUCGUGCCUCCGAAUUUGCAACGAGCUCUACAGUUCCUGAGUAGAUCGUAGAAUCGACGCGAUCGCGUGCAGAUAUCGAGAUCGUAACUUCUGCUUCGUGGUCUAAUUAAACUUGGUCCGCCACUCGACAACUUAUCAAUUUACUGCUACAGCGAAUUCGAGAUAAUUAAACAUCGUGGCAUUAAAACUCUUGGAGUAUAAAAAAGUAAUAAUGGAAGAGGACGCGACGUGCAGAUAAAAUAAUAGUAGAAAUUCUGUGAGAAAUCAAUUCUAAUCGAUCGGGUAAACGAGUUGAGAAAUGCGUCGUGAAUGGACCAUCUGCCCUGAUCUACCCCGUUGCCACCACCGUAAACCUGUCGCGAUUGUCACUCGACCUCCACGCUAAAUAUAAUUUUCAAGCGUAUUCUCAGCGAUGAAUGAAACUCGCGUAUACACAGCUGGCUGCCCGAUCGUUUCCUCUUCGUUCGAACAAUUUUAACAGACAUUCCUAAAUGAACGAAUUCAGCCUUCUCGUAGAAACCGAUCAGAUCUGAAGAUCGACAGACUUGGAGCGAAGAAGUCGAACAAAGCCAGCGAGCUAAAGUGGAAAUUAUUUUCACAGGGGACCGGUGCAACGUUUCUCGUGCAAGGGGUCAGCAUGGCAGUCGACAACCCGUCGUACUUUUCGCUGUCGAGCGGGCAAGCAUCGUCGCCUGCGUCGACGAGCGUCGCCUUUUCGCCGCCCUCGAAGGGCCCGACAGGGUUCGGCGCCUUGUUCCGUCGACGUCCAUGCAAGAUGGGCACGACCUCGUCGGCCAGCGUGGCCUCGACGUCCACGAACAGUACUCACAUGCCGCAGGAGAGCAACAGGAGCAGCGCGUCGGGCGCCUCGACGCCCUCGACGCCCACCGAAGAGAAGGUGCCCAUGUUGCCCAGGAACAACGGGGGUGGACCCGUCAACCAACGAAGGAGCUUCAGGAAUCUGUUCAGAUCCGUCAGUGCGAACGCCGAUCAGGAGAAGACGCAGCAGUUCUUGAAGGGAGACCCCAGGCCUUCCGACGUCGCCCCGCCCUCCCCUUACCUACCUCACAGGUCGCAUUCGCAUUCUGAGAACGAUAGAAGACGACCCGCACGAAGCAGAGCCGUGUUGAAGUCAGCCAGCGAGCUCUUGUCCAACGACAUGGUGUACUGCGGUUUGGCCAGAGACAAUCACGAUCGGAACGGCGGCGACGACGACGAAGACGACGACGACGAAGACUCCAGCGAGGUUUUCGUCGGCGUCGACGACGCUAGGUACUACAAUCUGUCGUCCACGGUACCCGGGUCGGCAGCAGCCGGUCGAAGGAGGCACUCGAUCGGUACUUUCCUCGGGAAAGACAACGCGUCUAGGAGGCAAUGUUCCAACGUUCUCGUCGAGCCCGACGUAAUGGCUCCACCCGUGCCCGUCGACACCGUCGACGGUGUCCAUCCGGAGAGGAAGGGAAGGUCCAGCAGUAAAUCCAGACGCAGGCGUCACCGCAGCUCUUCCAGCAAAGGGUCUCGUUCCGCGACGGGAGUGACGAAGACCGAUUCGCAGCCAGAAGACGACGUCCUCUUCGUUUCGAGCAAGGACAGCGAGAUUUCGAACCUGUGGGUGAAUUAUCUCACGGCUUGCUUCGAACAGAUCAGCAGGCAGCAAGGCCGGCCGCCGUUCAGAGUCCGUCACUUGACGAUCGAAGAGCCGACGCAGCCAGGCACAGAGGAUCGAAUCCGAUCGGCCCGUCUGCAGAUCGUGGUCGUGUGUCCGAUUCUAUUGGAAAGGGUCCAGAAUCGUCCGGAACACGCGACGAACCUCUCGAAGCAAUUCGUGGCUGAGAAAGUCCUCGCCAUGAUGUUGGGCGUCCACGACAGUCACAUCAGCGACGCUCACAAAUCGAUUUUGGUCUCGUACAACCAGUGGAGAAAAUAUUUCGUCAAAGAUCAGGACGAGACCUUCGUAGGUGAAUUAUUGGGUGCCGCGGUCGGCAUCCUGGGAACCACGCCUCCCCCAGCGCUGAGGAGCGACAAGACUUCGUUCUCCGUUCACCCGAAGAAAGUCAAGCUCGGUCACAACAGGAUAAUCGCGUUACUUAACGAUCCGUUGAGACCGGAGGACAACGUCUCGGUGAUCGUGGAUCGCUGCGGGGAGGCCAUCGACGUCGCCCACGUGAAACGGAGGAACCCUUACGCGUUGCAAUUCUCCGUUCCCGAGAGAUGCCUCGAGGUUUCGAUGCUAGUCGGCGUCAGGAUCUCGAAGAACGGUAGCCCGCUCGGAGUGAGGCAAGUGAAGUGCGAGAGCAGGCUCAGGGAACUCGACCAGAUCCUCAGGGCUCACGACAAUCCUUUGGAAUUCAUGUGCCAGACCUUCGGCUUCAACCCUGGCGAUCGGGAACAGUUGGACAACUGGAUGGUACACGCGUUUCAACGAAACGUCCCGCCGCACUUCAACCUCCUGUCCACACCUACCGGCGUCGUUUCCACGCAGAAAGUCCAUUCGAAAAGGCUGGUCGGUCCCGAAGAGAACCCGACACUGCUUCACUUCGCGGCACGUUUCGGCCUGGAGAGACUGGCCUGGCAGCUCCUCGAGUGUCCAGGGGGCGAGAUAGCUUGCGACCUGAGGAACGUGUCGGAGCUGACGCCCGCGGAUCUUGCGGAACAAGCGGGACACGCGAGACUGGCGCAUCAGCUUCGUGGCUACAUGCAAAUGAACGAGUUCACUAACAUGUACAGCUACCUGAAAGUGAUCAGCGAGACCACGACAGACCAAGCUGCGAAUGCGGAUCCAUCGUCGACUAACGAAGCCACUAACGAUAAGGAGGAUUAUUGCCGUCCGCGGCCUUUAAGCGAGGCUUACUCGGUGCCACCGGCCGCGAGGCCAAUAACGUCUCUGAUCUUGCCAGGCCAAUCGCCGGUAGUAACCCCUGAACCGAGCACCACCACUACCACCACCCCGUUAAACCCCAUCGAAGCGAAUUACUCGAUCGUGCCAGCACCGACCCCCGUCGUCUCUGCGAACGGCCUCGAGCUUCCGCUUCAAGGAUACAUGAAAAUGCAUCCAGCUGGAUUGAAGACGCCGACGAGCGUGGUGAGCAGCCAGCAGCCGUCGAGGGCGGCGACUCCGACCAAGAAUCGGAUAGAUUCUCAGAACCGAGAAGAGAACUCUUCGUCUUCUUAUGGAAAAGCUUCCUCGAAGUCGAGAGAACCGUCCGGUCCUCAGGACGAGCUGUUAGAGAUAAUAAACGACUUCAAGAACAACGUGUUCACGAUCACCGAAGUGGAGAGACUGGUGGAGAACUGGAGGAACCGCAACGACGUCCAGCAGAGUUUCAAGGACAAGCAGAGACAGUUGACCGCGAUGAGGGAGGAGUACGAGAGGAUACAGAAGAGAAUGAAGGAGGAGAUGAAGGCUCCUACUCCUUUCGAUCGAAUCAAGAAAUUCUUCUCGAAAGGCAAGAAAGAUUCGAAAGACGCCGCGAACGGGAGCGACGACUCCUGCUCGGCCAGCAAGGCGGAGAACGCGAACGGUGCGCUGGCCGAUCGCAGACCAGUCAGCAGUCUGAGCCUUCGUAGCGUUUCGAGCUCGUCUUCGUCCGGGAGAAUGAGCACCGCCAGUGGCUGCAGCGGCACCAGCUUAGGUGACAGUGGGACACAUUCCGACGCCGAGGAUCGACGACUGCAAAACGCCAGGGAGGACAAGUCGGGCGUGAUGUCCUACGAGAUUCCACCGGCUCCGAAGCCGUUCACCGGCCGAUAUUCACCCGCCUUCAGAUACUCUCCCUCACCUCGUUCGUCCACCGGAAACGAUCUCGAUCUUAAACCAUCGAAGAACGAGAGUACCGAGUAUUACAUCGCCUUCCCUCCCUCGGGAUUGCCCGUCCACUCGUUCAAGACGGAGUGCUCGCUGAAGGAACCGAAGACUCCGAGCUCUCCAAGCGAGAAAUACUUAGACAUGAUGCAAAGCUCGUCCGACGUUUCGGAAGAAGCAUUGAAAAAUUCUGAAAAGAGUUACGCUAACGUCGAUCCGUCGACGUUGAACUCGGCACCGGUACCACCGGUCGGCGUCCCGACGAAUUACGCGAACGUGACGCCGUCCUGCGUCGCUUCUCCUCGCGCCAACGACGAGGAGGAUAACUCGUCGAAGGUCGAGCUCUCUGAUCAAACGGAGAGCAGAGCGAGCGACGAGGUGCGAGAGUCGAGCACGGACGAGGUGAAGGGAACGGGCAACGAGGAAUACGUGGAAACGAACGUGGCGAGUGGUACCGAAGGCGUCGACGUGCCGGAUUCCGUCAAAAUGCCCGAUUACAUGAACGUCGACGUGUCUCAGGAGUUUAAGAAGAAACCCGCUCCUCCAGUUCCACCCAGAGUUGCCACGAAAAAGUGAUGGUCCGAGGAUCGGUACAUUUUCUUGGUAGGCGAUGACAAACUUAAUUCUAACAAUUAGUAUUAAUAGUAUAAAUCGUCCGUCUUAAGGAAUCGAGGAACAAGGUCUUCGUUUCAUGUAUCUUUUACGUUUCGUUCAGUGUUCGAACGAGCGUGACUUAAUUCAUAGAGUUUUUACAUUAGGUACAAAUUAUCGUUUAUUUUAAUCGACGAUUGCAGUCGAAACGUCUCGUUAGAUCUAGCAAUUAUUUUUGUAAUUCCUCAAAGGGUUGAAAUUCUGAAAGAUUCGAACGGCAUGUAAAUCGAGUCGAGCGAUCGAGACUUUCCGGUCGCGCCGUUCUAAGUUAUCAAUUAAUUAAUUAAUUAACGCUGGGAUCUCUACCAGGAUAUACAAUGCUAGCGAGCACCAAAUCAAAGUUUCACCUUUUGGCACUGCGAGGUCAAAAGCAAAAUCUGUACAUACUGUCGUCUGUCACGAUCUUAUCGUAAAAUUAAGGUAAAUCAAUUCUCGAUGAAGCUGCGCCAGCAGCCAUCGAUCUACCAUCGAUUAAUUGUAAUCAUAAUCGUUCACUAACACCGACGUACGGAGUACGAUCGUUGAACUUAUUUUUAGGAAUCAAGCGUGUUUCAAGUACCAACGAUGCAUUUAUCGUUUUCUAUUAUUGCAAGAAUCUUUUCUACUGAACUCAUUCGAUCCUUUUUUUAUAUAUAUAUAUAUUUAU